UACUCCUGGUUCAUAGACUGCUGCAAUGUUGCGUUAUUUGUUUUGGAUUGAUGCGCAUUGCAAAGUUUUGUGUAGGCAUAUACAACAGAGUGCUUUUGUGUGAUGGGUCCAAACCACCGAUGCAUUAGGCAGAUGCAAAAAAUACUAUUAAAACUAUUCGGAUGUAAAUGGUCAGUGGGUGUAUGACGAGCGCUGGCUGAGUUAUCAUCUGCUUACAAUGAUGCUUCCACUGGAAUACACAUUUAAAGUUUUUGGACCAGCCGGAUUUUCUCUAUACUUUGUUAUCACAGCUGGACUUCUGUCCUCACUCGAGAGCACAAAAACGAGCCGAUUUCAGUCAGAAACAGGUCCUACUCUUGAUGGAGUUUCCGAAUAUGAAGUUGUUCAUCCUAUCAGAGUGGAUUCAACUGGACACUUUCUAUCGAAUCACGUUUCCCACCGAGUGAGUCGAGUUCAGAGAAGAGAGACUGGAAAGACCCCAGAGCAUCCGCCCCAGGUUUUCUACCAUCUGCAGUAUGGUGGUCAAGAGCUGCACUUUAAUCUGACGCUGAACCCUCAUCUGCUGGCACCCGGUUUUGUCACCGAGCGCAGAUAUGGUGGUCUUCAAGGGUCCACGCUACAAGGCCAUGGACAUUCUCUCUGUUACUUUUUGGGAGAUGUGAGGAGCAGCACGCUGAGCGGGGGUCGAGCGUCUGUGAGCACCUGCAGUGGCCUGUCCGGACUCUUCCAACUCUCUGGAGAGGAAUUCUUCAUUAGCCCCUUGGAACCGACACUAGAAGAGUCCACACCGCAGGCUCAUGCCAUCUAUAAGCGACACGCUGACCUAUCGGAACACCAGCUGCUCCAGCCUCUGUUUGGGGAGCACCCGGGCAACGGGACAUGCGGGGUCAAAGAUCCUCAGGGAGGCGUGGAGCAGGUGGACAGGCGGAGAGAGCGCUGGGAAAGGCGACAGCGCCGCAGACGGAUUACACAGCGCUCUGUAAGCACGGAGAAGUGGGUAGAGACCCUGGUGGUGGCCGAUCCUAAAAUGGUGGAGUACCACGGUCGCAAAGGAGUCGUGAGCUAUGUGCUCUCGGUCAUGAAUAUUGUCGCAGGUCUGUUUCGAGACGCCAGCAUAGGAAAUGCCAUCAACAUUGUAGUUGUGCGUCUCAUUCUGCUUGAAGAGGAUGAGGAGGAUUUAAAGAUUAGUCAUCAUGCAGACAACAGUCUCAACAGCUUCUGUAAAUGGCAGAAGAACAUUAAUAUGAAAGGUGAUGAGCAUCCAGUUCAUCAUGACGUGUCUGUUCUGCUCACCAGGAAAGACAUCUGUGCAGCUAUAAAUAAGCCAUGCGAGACGUUAGGUCUGUCUCACGUGGCUGGAAUGUGCCAACCUCAUCGCAGCUGCAGCAUCAAUGAAGAUACGGGCCUGCCCAUCGCAUUUACAAUAGCGCAUGAGCUCGGCCACAACUUUGGAGUACAGCACGAUGGCCAUGGUAAUGAUUGCGAGCCCAUCGGGAAAAGACCCUUUGUGAUGUCUCCACAGCUUCUGUACGGCACGUCUCCACCAAACUGGUCCCGCUGUAGCCGCGACUACAUAACACGCUUUCUUGAUCGUGGUUGGGGCUGGUGUUUGGAUGACCCUCCGGUCAGGAACGAGCUGGAAAUGCAGUCUGCUCCCCCCGGCGUGCUGUACAGCGCUGCUCACCAAUGCAAACUCCAGUACGGAUCCUCUUCGGUUCUCUGCGAUGACGUGGAUAAUAUCUGCAGUACUCUGUGGUGCACCGUGGAUUCCACCUGUCAUUCGAGACUGGAUGGUGCUGUGGAUGGUACCAAGUGUGGUGAGGGCAAGUGGUGUUUUGAUGGAGAGUGUGUGCUGAUGGGUUCCCGGCCUGCGAGGGUGAAUGGAGGAUGGGCUUCGUGGAGCCAGUGGUCCGAGUGCACAAGGACGUGCAGGGUUGGGGUUCAGAGCGCCCACAGGGACUGUGUUAACCCUGUACCCAAACAUGGAGGUAAAUAUUGUGUUGGAGAGCGUCGCAGAUAUCGAACCUGUAACCGAGACAGCUGUCCUCCGGACCAGCCCAGCUUCAGAUACAUCCAGUGUAACCGCUUCAACACCAUCCCUUACAAGGGAAAGUUUUAUAAAUGGACACAUGUGAAUAGCAGAGUCAAUCCGUGUGAGCUGCACUGUAGACCUGUGAAUGAACAUUUCACAGAGCGGAUGCUGGACACGGUCAUCGACGGCACACGCUGCUAUGAAGGCACCCACAGUCGUGACAUCUGCAUCAACGGCAUUUGCAAGAAUAUCGGCUGUGAUUAUGAGAUCGACUCGGAUGCUGUCGAGGAUCAGUGUGGCGUGUGUCAUGGAAACGGAUCUACGUGUGAAACUGUCAGAAAGACCUUUGAGAACAGUGAAGGACUUGGAUAUGUGGACAUAGGUCUUAUUCCAGAAGGGGCACGGGAUAUCCGUAUCGAGGAAGUUGCUGAGGCUGGAAACUUUUUAGCAUUACGCAGUAAUGACCCUGAAAAAUAUUUCCUGAAUGGUGGAUGGACUAUCCAAUGGAACGGGGAAUACAAGGCUGCGGGAACGAUAUUUACUUACGAGAGGAACGGACAACUGGAAAAUCUGUCUUCUCCAGGACCAACUAUGGAACUACUGUGGAUUCAGCUGCUCUUUCAGGAGACGAAUCCAGGAGUGAGAUACGAGUACACUAUAAGUACUACUCUUGUGGAGUCAAACAAAGGGUCUGCAUCUUAUUUCCAGUGGAUGUAUGGUGCCUGGACCGAGUGCAGCGCUACAUGUGGAAGUGGUGUACAAAGACAAGUUGUGCACUGUGUUGAGAGAACAUCUGGAAUCGUUGAGGAACAAUACUGUGAUCUGUCGACCAGACCGGACGACAAACAGACUAGUUGUAACAAGGAACCGUGUCCAGCCAUGUGGUGGGUCGGGGACUGGCAGAAGUGCUCAUCGACUUGCGGUGACAUGAGCAUCAGUAAGAGAACAGUGCUCUGUAUUCAGAGUGUUGGGUUGGAUGAGCGGAAAGCUCUGCUGCCUUCUGAAUGUCAACACUUGUCUAAGCCUGAAGCAAUUGCACCUUGCAACACAGGUGUGCUUUGCCCUGCAGACUGGAUAACUGGAAACUGGUCAGAGUGUUCUGUGAGCUGUGGAAUGGGUCUCUGGACUCGUCACGUGACCUGCAGCUGGAAUACCGGUGUGGAUUGCGAUUCAAAACUCAAGCCUGAUUCAACCACAUCAUGCCACGCUCAGAACUGCACCACGGACUCCGACAUCUUUGGCAGUGAUUGGUCAGGAAGUGGAGCAUCUAGCAAAGAAGUAUUCAAUGAGAUAAACGCGAUACCUCAUGACAACCACGGGCUCAAAUUUGACAUUGGAACAAUAAGGAGUCAACACAAGGGCAACAUUGACCUCAAUGAUAUAGUGGAAGAAGAUUACUCACAUUAUAGCCAUGUAGAAAAGUCUUCCGAAAAUUCUGUCGCGGACAAUCUUCUAGUGGACGAUUUUUAUUACGACUAUAAUUUUAUUAAAUUUCAUGAGGAUCUGUCGUAUGACUUUGAUAGAGAUGUCAACGAUGUGUUUGAGAACUUGGGAGUGAAAGAUGGAGAUCUGAAAGGGACUGAUGUUCCUGUAAUGUCUACCUCAUUGCCGUCCACCAUCACGGAUAAACACGGGACCUCCGCUGUGCCCUCUGACAGCACCACCAGCAAGAAUACAGAAGGUUAUGAAUUGCUAGGUGAAAAUAAUGACAAGCUUUUUGCCGAAGACUAUUUCCUUCCUGUCAUCACAACAUCUGAACCGUCCUCUACAGGUGCGAGGCUAUUUAACAAAUGGAAUCCAUCAGACUUUGAUCUUGCCUUAUCUCAGGACUUCAGUACUACCAGAAACCCUCCAACAGCUCCGGGAACCUUGAAUCAUCCUCAGGAGAACCACGCAUAUGAAGCUAUUCCAAAGGAGUUUUCGACACCUGCACCACUUGAAACAUCUUACAGAACUUGGGAUGUGAUGAACGAAGAGAAGGUUGGUGAUGAUGUUCCUGGAGUUGAAGGUGACUGGGAAAGCAGGCAAACAUUUAAACCGCCAUUAGAUGUGUUUCCAUCCCAAUGGAGCAUGACGGCCUCACCGACAAAAACAACUUCACACUCAUCUGAGCUACUCUCGUCCACUGAUGGCUUUACAAACUAUGCAGGAUUGACUGAAUCAACAGCGUACAAUGAGAAUCAUGAACAAAGGUUUGCAGAGAGAGAGACUUUGACCUCGGAUAGCCUUUCUCAAGACUUCACUCCCUCUCCAACUUCCUCCAGCUCAGGCAAACUUUACAGUAGUAUGACCUCAGCUGGAACAACUGCUCUACCUCUUACAGAUGUGGAAAGCCAUUUGGAGCCCCAUGUGACUGAGAUUCCAGACGCAACAUUUGGAAAGGAGACAAAAAAGAUCUUCAGAGCUAGAGCCACUGUAAAUCAGUAUCCCAGCACAGAGCCUUGGGGUACCCCUGUCCCUAAUUGGACCGAGAUUGAUUACAAUGAGAUUAAAACAUCACGAAUCCUGACCCCUGUUGGUCUGAACCCAACGCUUUAUACUUCUAAUGAGCAGACAUCUCAGGGUACCGGCAGCGACCCUUUUUCAAGCCCGCCGGUGCACACCCCGCUGGUGCCAUCUUCUUCCACCCCUGCAUACUGGAGAAAAGGCAACUGGAGCGCAUGCUCAACAAGUUGUGGUCUCGGUGCCAUCUGGAGGUCGGUGUCCUGCAGCACUGGCGAUGAAUCCGACUGCGACAUAACCACCAGACCGGUGCCAGCGCGUCGCUGCUACCAUAGACCCUGCGCCGCAUGGAAGAUUGGAAACUGGAGCAAAUGCUCAAACAACUGUGGCGGAGGAGUGAAACGGCGAGAGAUCCAGUGUUACGACACGCGGGAUCUGAGGUCACUGCGGCCAUUUCAUUGCCAGGCAACGAGCCCCAGACCUCCUGUCCAAAUGACUUGUAGCAUACAGACGUGUUUAGAGUGGUACACCUCAUCUUGGGGGCCGUGUUCAGAGUUGUGUGGAGGUGGAGACCAGCAGAGACUGGUAACGUGUCCUGAAACUGGGAGAUGUAAUGAGGACGUACAGCCAAGCUACAUUCAGGCGUGCAACGUGCAUCCGUGCACACAGUGGGUGACGGGGUCCUGGGGUCAGUGUACAGUGUUUUGCGGAGGAGGGAUUCAGAGACGUCUGGUGAAAUGUGUCAACACUAAAGCCGAACUGGAGGAAGAUAAUGAGCACAUAGAUUGUGAUCAUGAACCCCGGCCGAAGAACGCACAAAAGUGUAACAUUGAAGAAUGUGAUGGCGCCCCCUCUGGUCAGCCGUGUUUACGUGACCAUUUGACACUCCGCUUCUGUCAGACUCUGCUGUGGCUCGGCCGAUGCCAGCUGCCGUCGGUCUGGACGCAGUGCUGUAAGACGUGCGGGCUGAACUCGAGGGGCAGCGAUCGAACCACACGCCGCUGAGAGUCGAGAGGAUUUAACACUCAUCCGGACCUGCUUCCAUUAAAAAGGAGCCUGUCAGGAAGUCAAGUGUCCCAACAUUAAGCAAGACGGUUUUCAGUUGGUUUUGUUUUAGGAGUGAGAAACUAGAUAUAUACAGUUGCAAAAUUGUUAUAUAAAUGUGUACAAAAUGUAGAUUCUAAAAACGGAUAUCUUUGACUUAAUCUCAUGUUUUCCAAACUCGACAUAACAAUUUUUUUUUUUAAUAUUAUGUUUUUAUGUUGGAAACCGAGACCAUAUACAAAAAAUGUACAAAACGGUAAAGGGAAGCAGGAACUGCAAAAAAUGAAUGCUUUAAUGUGACAAGCCUAAUAGUAAAAACCUGUCUACACCAGUUGUGUCGUUUCUUAAGUUUAGGUAUCGGUUUGCUGAAAUCAGGACUAUAGACCACUCUGGAUGAUGUAAACAAGGCUGAUUCAACGCUGGUCCAGAAAAACUUCCUAAGUACGCAACCCAAACCAAUGAACAAAACUAUACUAACAUAAUAUUAAUAGCCAAUUUAAAAUGUUAAACAGAUAUUUAAAACAUCUAAAUAGAUAUGCAAGAUACUUUUUAAUAUAACAAUAAAAAUGAAUUAUAAUAAAUAAAUAAAAACUAAAACUGGUAGUGUUUCUGGACCAGUGUUUACAUCUUGCAAAGUGGUCUGUAUAUUUGUUCUCUUUUUUUGUCCAGACCAAAAGAAACAAGAAAUUUUAAAAAACUACAGGUAUAAACACGCCAUAAAUCAUAUUAUUACACGGCUCGUUGUAAUGCUUGAUUCUGAUUGGCCAGUCGUGACAUUUGCAUGUUUGUUAUUCCCAGAUAACAACCGCAUAGAACUAAUAACACAUGGUAACCCGGAUGCAGCAAAACAUUUUGACAGGUUUUUCUUUAUAAAAUAUUUCUUUUUAUAAUAUGACAUUAUAUUUACAAAUGCUUAAACCAAAUUGCCUGUUCGUGACAUUUGAAGGUUGUUUCUUACCUUGAAACUGAAAGUAAACGGCUUUUCCUCACUGAAGGUCUGCAUUCAGUAAAAAGCUUAUUAAAUAUUUCUCAUUCACAUUUCAUGUCCAGUUUUUUCUCAUGUGGCAAACAACCGUGUAAUAUGCGGCAUAAUGUACAAGCAGGCGGCUGUUCUCGAUAAUGCCGCUCAUAUUUCACCUCUACAUUUCAAAUGAAUGAUGCUAAACUUUCUCAUUAUUAUUAUGACUAAAGAAGCUUUAUAUGGCCGAGCACAUUUUUUGUACUUUGUUUAGUACUUGACGGUACAAGUAUAUUAAAUAAUAUCUUUUUUUGUACUUUUUACUCUUCCAAAUACUUGUAUUAAAACUGCAGCUCAUGAUGGUUAUUACCCUUGUUUCACGUUAUUUUACUAAACAGUUUUUUAUUCUUUUAGUAAUAGACAGGGAGAUUUCAGCAGCCGUCUAUGUGUGACAUCAUGUCACUGCAGGUUAAGUUUACCUGACGUUUCUAUUUAUUACAGAUGAAAAGGAGUAAACCCACCUGGUGCUGUAAAAUAAUGUGGUGCUAUAGGUAACGGUCAAGUGCUCACUGACUGCUACUUAAAGUUUAUUCACCGAUUAUAGAUCUUGUAUUAGUGACCUUUGGACUGAAACACAGAGCACAAAAUCAUUAAUUUGUCAAUAUACAACUUUCCAAUAUUGUGUAGAAUGGUUUAUAAAUGUUAUCUUUUUUUUGUCAGCUCUGAUGUUUUGUCAGUUUUUUGCUUACAGUACACGAUGCAGCUUUACAAGCAAUAAAUAAAUCUGUUUACAGAAAACAAAGAUAUUUGGGAUUCAAUGCAUUCAAUAUUAAUGUACAGCAUGUUUUUUGUUAAGUUUCUAAAAUUCACAAACACUAACUGUGUAACUUUGUUGCUUCUAUAAACAGGUUGUAAAGAAAACCAAACUAAACCAAGAAUGUAAACACUCUUCUGAAAAAUAAAAACAGAAACCAUUAAAGAAGUUAUAAUGGUUUUAUUAGUUUUAAAGGGAUUCGUAUUGGAAACUGUAAUGGUGUCUACUGGAAUGUAAUGGAUUUAAACUUAUAUUGGGUUGUAAGGAUAUUGUAAUGGAAACCAUUAGAAUUUCUGUGAUGGGUUUCUAAGUUUUUUGUGUGCAUGAUCUUUUAAUUUGUAUUUUUUUUUUGUUUGUUGUCUUUUUAUUUCUCUGGAAAAACAGAAAAUCUGUUAGUCACCAAUCACCAAACCGUUUUAUAUAUUUCAUCACUCACCGCAGAAGUACUAUGUCAACCCAAGAGUCAGUGAUAAAAACACAUAAUGAUUAUAAUUAUGAUCACGUAUUGUUAGUUGCACUGAGACACAAUUUGUUAUGUUAUUGAUGUUGUGCUUUAGCUCUCCAUUGUGAUUUAUGUGUUUGUUAAGUGUUUGUUUAGGCUUCUCACUGAUGUUUCAGGACCAUCCAAUAUGAAGACAUGUUUUCUUGUUUACAUGUAGGUUUUUUUGCAUAUCUCUGUGUUGUUUUUGUUUUACACUUUUAUUUUGUCAGAUGUGUUUUGUCACAUUAAAUAUUCAUAUUGCACUUUUGUGACACCUUUGUUUUUA